UCAGUGAAAAAUUGUUCCGAGACAUGGCUGAUCAUAUGGCAUCGGACGGUUAUCUUGAUGCUGGUUAUGAAUACAUUAUGAUCGACGAUUGUUGGGCUUCUAAAAAGAGAGAUAGUAAAGGAAGAUUAGUUCCAGAUCCCGAUAGAUUUCCAAGUGGCAUUAAAAAUUUAUCAGACUAUAUACACAGUAAAGGUCUUAAAUUUGGAAUUUACGCUGAUUAUGGAACCCUAACAUGUGCUGGUUAUCCCGGUAGUAAAGAGUACCUUAAAAUUGACGCUGACACCUUUGCAGAAUGGGAAGUAGAUUACCUAAAGUUUGAUGGGUGCAAUUCAGACUGGAUAUUUAUCGAUAAAGGUUAUAUUGAAAUGGGUAAACAUUUAAACUCAACAGGUCGCCCUAUUGUUUACUCAUGUAGUUGGCCUGCGUAUCAGGAACCAAAUGGAAUGCAAUCUAACUACACAGCUUUGGCUGAAACUUGUAAUCUUUGGAGAAAUUGGGACGACAUUGACGACAGCUGGGAAAGUGUCACAUCUAUAAUAAAGUGGUUUUCUGACAAUCAAGAUCGAAUUGGUCCAUUUUCGGCGCCUGGGCACUGGAAUGAUCCCGAUAUGCUUGUAAUUGGAAAUUUUGGAUUGAGUUUUGAACAAAGCAAAGGACAAAUGUCAGUUUGGUCGGUAAUGGCAGCUCCAUUGAUAAUGUCAGUGGAUUUAAGAACGAUUGAGCCUAAAUUUAAAGCAAUUCUCCUCAACAAAGAUGCUAUUGCGGUAAAUCAAGAUCCCUUAGGUGAAAUGGGUCGGCUAGUACUAAAGAAAAACAACAUUUAUAUAUGGACGAAGCAGCUAACACCCAAAGAUGAUGGCAGAAAACCUUACGCCAUUGCCGUACUAAGUCAAAGAACCGAUGGAUAUAAAUACAGAUUGGAAUUUACUUUAAAAGAAUUGAAUAUUACCAGUCCAAAUGGAUUCUUUAUAAAGGAUAUUUUUGAUCAAAAUAAAUCUGUGGCAUCCAUAACAGAUGAUGAAGCAUUCGUAUUAAGAAUGGCACCAACAGGU